CACAUGUGUACAAAAGUUGACAAAGUCCAUAAUUUUGUGACUAUCACGAGCUUAUGCAGCCUGCCAGACGACAUAAAACUCCACUCUAGAAGAUAAUGUAAGUGCGCAAGCUGUCAUUAUAUAUAGCGGCCAUGGCGGUUCCUGUUGUGUCCACGGCCGGCGGCAAGGUGCGAGGAACGGUGCAGUACACAAACGACCUGCCGGACAAACCUGUCUACACCUUCCUCGGCAUCCCGUACGCAGCGCCCCCUGUCGGAGACCUGCGGUUCCGCGCGCCUCUGCCUGCCGCUCCGUGGGAAGGAGUCAGGGAUGCUACCGAACUAGGCCCCUACUGUCCACAAGAUCAAGAUGCCUUCAACCUCUACCCUAUUCAGCUCAAACAUUACAAGUUCAGUGAAGACUGCCUAACACUGAAUAUCGAAACACCAACAAUGAGAAAGGAUGCAGGACUGCCUGUGCUCCUGUGGAUCCAUGGUGGUGGAUUUGUAUCUGGACUGGGACACCAGGUGCCCUUCCUAUCCCUGGCUGCCCACCAAGACGUGGUGGUCGUGACCUUCAACUAUCGCCUCGGCGCCCUUGGCUUCCUCAGCACCGGGGACGAGAACGCACCCGGGAAUGCUGCUUUCCUUGACCAGGUUCAGGCGAUGGUUUGGGUCCAGCAGAACAUCAGAAACUUUGGAGGGGAUCCGGACCGGGUUACGCUAUUCGGUUUGUCCGCUGGUGGCACGAGUGUUUGUUACCACCUUGUUUCGCCUCUCAGCAAGGGUCUGUUCCAGCGAGCCAUCUCUCAGAGUGGUGUGUGUCAAACACUGGAUGUCGUGUCAAAUCCACUGGACAGAGCAGCAAUGCUAGCAGGAGAAAUGGGCUGUGAUACAAAGAGCACAGCCAGCAUGGUGGCGGGCCUUAGGGAGAAGUCAGUAGACCAAAUAGUCGCCUGUAGCCAACAUCUUUUGAAGAAACUAGGUUCCAAAGGGGAGCUUCUUGCUUUUGGGCCUGUUGUUGAUGGAAGCUUUCUUCCAAUGUGUCCCUCGGACGUAUUUGAUCUCGGACAGGCACACACAGUAGACUAUCUUCUAGGUGUGGGAAACCACGAGUAUGGGUUUCAGCUCCCAAAUCAGUAUAUCCGAGGAUUUGGACAAGGACUAACCGUGGACAGGUAUCUCGUCAGGCUGAAAAAGAGGAUGGGAGCAGUCUAUCCAAAAGCCAACUUGAACAACAUCACAGCAGCCAUACGCAGGACGUACCAGGAAGGUGACAACCCAGAUGACCCACAUGCUGUAGAGUACCAGUUCACCCAGGCCUUCGGAGAUCAGAUGUUUGUUGCUCCGACUGUUCUCACUGCAAACAAACAUUCAGCUGCUGGACAGAAAGUCUACCUGUAUGAGAACCAGUAUGCGCCCUCUAGUCCUGCAGCUGUCCGGCCAGACUGGGUGGGGUGUGACCAUUCAGACGAGGUUUUGAUGGUGUCUGGCGCUGCCUUCCUGGAUGUGCCUUUGAAAGUCGGUGCUCUGCUGCCAUUCUCCCCUGAUGACAAAAGGACCAGCCUGAGCAUGAUGGCUUACUGGGCAAACUUUGCUAGAUCUGGAAACCCAUCUGACGGUACCGGCGGCCCAGCUGACAGCCCCAUGGUACCAGAGUGGCCCCAGUACACACCUGACAACCCCGCCUACAUGAAGCUGGAUGUGACGUCAUCUGCUGACCCUCCUGUUAUACCAGCGAAGAAACAGACUCCACUACGCGAAGCGACCAUGGCGGCUCCUGUUGUGUCCACGGCCAGCGGCAAGGUGCGAGGAACGGUGCAGUACACAAACGACCUGCCGGACAAACCUGUCUACACCUUCCUCGGCAUCCCGUACGCAGCGCCCCCUGUCGGAGACCUGCGGUUCCGCGCGCCUCAGCCUGCUGUUCCGUGGGAAGGAGUCAGGGAUGCUAUUGAACUGGGACCCUACUGUCCACAAGGCACCGCCUUUCUUAACAACCUGCCAGUCAAACUACAGCAUUACAACAUGGACGAAGACUGUCUGACCCUGAACGUCGAAACACCAGCCAUAGCAAAGGAUGCUGGGCUGCCCUCCCUCGCAGCCCAUCAAGACGUGGUAGUCGUCACCUGUAACUACCGGCUGGGCGUGCUGGGGUUCUUCAGCACUGGGGACGAGAUUGCCCCCGGGAAUUUUGGCUUCCUGGACCAGGUCCAGGCGAUGGUUUGGGUCCAAGAGAACAUCCGGAACUUUGGAGGAGAUCCAGACCGGGUCACGAUCUUCGGCGAGUCCGCUGGCGGUGCGAGUGUGUGCUACCACGUGGUGUCUCCUCUCAGCAAGGGUCUGUUCCAGCGGGCCAUCUCUCAGAGCGGCGUCUGUCAGACGUGCGACACCUUCUCAAGGCCCCAGGAGAGGGCUGUGAUGUUGGCGGAAGAACUUGGCUGCGACACACGGGAUACGGCAAACAUGUUGGCCGGUCUCAGGCAGAAGUCAGCAGAUGAACUCAACUCCGGUACUCUGGAAGUGAUGAAGAAGGUCGUCCGCCAGGGCGCACAGCUACCUUUCGCACCGGCUGUUGACGGGCAUUUUCUUCCCGCUGAACCGGCAGUUAUAUUCGACAUGGGCCGAGCUAAUGCCGUGGACUACCUUCUGGGCGUGAAUAACCACGAGUACGGACUCCUGCUUCCCAUGACGAUGUUUCCAGGCUAUGGUCGGGGAAUGACGGAGGACAAGUACCUCCUCAGGAUGAAGAGAAGGAUCGGCGCUCUUUAUCCGGGUUCCAACCACGACAACAUUGUAUCAGAAAUCAGCAGGCUGUACCGAGACUGUUACAGCGGGGACGACCCAAUGUCGAUACAGCACCAGUUCAGCCAGGCGUGCGGGGACAACGCCUUCCUGGCUCCGACGGUUUUCGUCGCAAACAAACACUCAGCUUCUGGACAGAAAGUCUACCUGUAUGAGAACCACUACGUGCCCUCACGGUUUGCCGCUGGCCGGCCGGACUGGGUGGGGUGUGACCAUGGUGACGAGUUGUUCGUCAUGUCCGGCGUGGCCUUCUUGAAUGUACCUUUGACCUCGGGACGUUUGCUGCGAUUUUCUGAAAACGACAAGAAGGCCAGUUUGGAUAUGAUGGCUUACUGGGCCAACUUCGCUCGAACUGGGAACCCAUCUGACGGUACCGGCGGCCCAGCUGACAGCCCCACGGUACCAGAGUGGCCUCAGUACACACCUGACAACCCCGCCUACAUGAAGCUGGAUGUGACGUCAUCUGCUGACAUAGGGUUUCAUCCUGACAGGAUGGCCCUGUGGAAUGACGUCAUCCCCAAGCUAGCUGCUCCCUCCAAGUUUCCAGAGCAUACACCGUCUGGUUUCAGCGACGAUGUCCCUCCUGUGGUGACCACGGCCAGCGGCAAGGUGCGAGGAACGGUGCAGUACACAAACGACCUGCCGGACAAACCUGUCUACACCUUCCUCGGCAUCCCGUACGCAGCGCCCCCUGUCGGAGACCUGCGGUUCCGCGCCCCCCAGCCUGCCGCUCCGUGGGAAGGAGUUUUGCUGUGGAUCCAUGGAGGUGCGCUGUUGGCGGGUGCAGGCGGGAUGUGGCCCUACGCGUCUCUGGCGGCCCAUCAGGACGUGGUGGUCGUCACGAUCAACUACCGCCUCGGUCCGCUAGGUUUCCUCAGCACUGGGGACGAGAACGCACCUGGCAACUUCGGCUUCCUGGACCAGCCACUGGAGAGAGGGGUGGCGUUGGCAGAAGACCUCGGCUGUGAGACCGGAGACACCGCGAGCAUGGUGACCUGUCUCAGGCAGGCGUCGUCCGAUGACCUCGUCGCCAGUCAUCGGCGUCUACAGAUGAACCUCCGGCUUCAGGGAGAGCUGAGCUCUUCCCGUUCCCGCCCGUGGUUGACGGGACGUACCUUCCGGGUCAUCCCAAUGAUCUUCUACACAAGGACUUCCAAGAAGAACGACAUCGUGGCGGCCCUACGUGAAGAGUACCAGUACAACCCUGAUGAUUCCAUGGCCAUACAGAACCAGUUCACACAUGUGUACGGAGACCAGUUAUUGGUCGCUCCUACUGUUUUCGUUGCAAAGAAAUUUGCUGAUCAUGGCCAAGUCUACCUGUAUGACAACCGGUACGUCUCAUCAGUAGCCUCCGCUGGUCGGCCGGACUGGGUUGGAUGUGACCAUACGGACGAACUUGUGAUCUUGGCCGGCCUGGCCUUUCUAAACCCUCCAGCUGUGUCUGGGGAUGAUCAUCGCCCAUUUUCCAACGAAGAUAAAAAGACGAGUCUGUACAUGAUGGCAUAUUGGGCCAACUUUGCUCGAACUGGGAACCCAUCUGACGGUACCGGCGGCCCAGCUGACAGCCCCACGGUACCAGAGUGGCCCCAGUACACACCUGACAACCCCGCCUACAUGAAGCUGGAUGUGACGUCAUCUGCUGACAUAGGGCUGAAGACCCAGAAGAUGAAACUGUGGAAUGACGUCAUUCCAAAGCUCGUAUCAUCAUCUCGACCGUUCCGCGUCCCCUUAUACAUUAAUAGGAAAGAGCACUGUAGCUACUGUCUAGUACUGAUGAACCUCACGACUAAGGGCAGUCCCUGUCAUACCACAGAGAUGCUCUGUACAGCAUUGUUACUCUUGGGUGCCGUAACUUCACUUCUCGCUGACGAUGUCCCUCCUGUGGUGACCACGGCCAGCGGCAAGGUGCGAGGAACGGUGCAGUACACAAACGACCUGCCGGACAAACCUGUCUACACCUUCCUCGGCAUCCCGUACGCAGCGCCCCCUGUCGGAGACAUGCGGUUCCGCGCCCCUCUGCCUGCCGCUCCGUGGCAAGGAGUCAGGGAUGCUACUGAACUAGGCCCCUUUUGUCCACAGGACGACGCCAUUUUCAGCAUCUUCCCCGUACAGAUGGAACAGAAAAGCUUCAGUGAAGACUGCCUGACACUUAAUGUGGAGACACCCACCCUGGAAAGAGAUGCAGGGUUACCGGUACUGAUAUGGCUUCACGGUGGCGCACUGAUCCUCGGAGCCGGGUGGAUCAUGCCGCAUGCCUCCCUGGCUGCUCACCAGGAUGCCGUGGUCGUCUCCAUCAACUACCGACUCGGUGUACAUGGGUUCCUCAGCACUGGGGACGAGAAUGCUCCUGGAAACUUCGGCUUUCUCGAUCAGGUCCAGGCGAUGGUUUGGGUCCAAGAAAACAUCGCAAACUUUGGAGGAGAUCCAGACCGGGUCACGAUCUUCGGCCAGUCUGCCGGCGGGGCGAGUGUGUGCUACCACGUGGUGUCUCCUCUCAGCAAGGGUCUGUUCCAGCGGGCCAUCUCUCAGAGCGGCGGCUGUCAGGCGGUAGAAGUCAUCCCCAAGCCGCUGCCCAGAGCGGCGAUGCUGGCGGAAGUGCUCGGCUGUGACACGAAGGACACAGCGAGCAUGGUGACCUGUCUCAGGAAAAAGUCGUCUGAUGACCUGAUUACCGGUCACCAGGCUGUGAUGCAGAAACUCAACUUUGAAGAAGUGCCUUUCCCACCUGUAGUGGACACGACGUUCCUUCCGUCUCAUCCUAACGACGUGUUUGACCAAGGACGGACAAACCCUGUGGACUAUCUCCUGGGUGUGAACAACCACGAAUACGGGUACGUGGUUCCGCUCGGAGUCGUGCCAAACUAUGGGCAGGGAAUGACGAAGGACACCGCCCUCUCCACUCUAAAGAGAACCUUGGAGAGAGCUUACCCGAGCUCGUAUCACGAUGACAUGCUCGCCGCUGUACGCAAAGUGUACUUUGACAACGACAAGGCAGACGACCCCAUGGUCAUCCAGCACCAGUUCAGCCUGGCAGCCGGAGACCAGCUCUUCGUGUCGCCUACUGUACUAAUCGCGAACAAACAUGCGGCUUCAGGUCGGAAUGUUUACCUGUAUGAGAACCACUACGUGCCCUCACGGCAGUCCACCGCCCGGCCGGACUGGGUAGGGUGCGACCACACAGACGACUUGUACAUCAUGCCUGGAGUGGCCUUCUUAGACAUACGGACGUCUGACGGGGAACUCAUGGCCUUUAACUCGGACGACAGGAGGACAAGUCUGGACAUGAUGGCUUACUGGGCUAACUUUGCUCGAACCGGGAACCCAUCUGACCGUACCGGCGGCCCAGCUGACAGCCCCACGGUACCAGAGUGGCCCCAGUACACACCUGACAACCCCGCCUACAUGAAGCUGGAUGUGACGUCAUCUGCUGACGUAGGGUUUCAUCCUGACAGGAUGGCCCUGUGGAAUGACGUCAUCCCCAAGCUCGCUGCAGCAUCUGGUAGAGACGAGUUAUAAUUGCUAUUUAUAUAUACAGAA